AUGUUGAAGAAAAACCACACUGUGGUGACUGAGUUUAUUCUCCUGGGACUGACAGAUCGAGCAGAGCUUCAACCUGUCCUUUUCCUGGUCUUCUUACUCAUCUACCUCAUCACAGUAACGGGCAAUGGGACCAUGAUUUUCUUAAUCAGAAGUGACUCAAAACUUCACACCCCAAUGUACUUCUUCCUCAGCCACCUCUCCUUUGUAGAUCUCUGCUAUGCCACAAACAUCACUCCUCAGAUGCUGGUUAACUUCCUGUCCAAGAGAAAAACCAUUUCCUCCGCUGGUUGCUUUAUACAAUUCCACUUUUUCAUUGCCUUGGUGAUCACAGAUUAUUAUAUGCUCACAGUGAUGGCGUAUGACCGCUACAUGGCCAUCUGCAAGCCCUUGAUAUAUGGUAGCAAGAUGUCCAGGCCUGUGUGUUUCUCUCUUGUUGCUGCUACUUAUAUUUAUGGCUUUGCAAAUGGCCUGGCCCAGACCAUCCUCAUGCUUCGUCUGUCCUUCUGUGGACCCAAUGAGGUCAAUCACUUUUAUUGUGCAGACCCUCCUCUCCUGGUGCUGGCCUGCUCAGACACCUAUGUCAAAGAGACCGCCAUGUUUGUGGUGGCUGGAUCCAACCUCACCUGCUCCCUCACCAUCAUCCUCAUCUCCUACAUUUUCAUCUUCUCAGCCAUUCUUCACAUGCGCUCUGCUGAGGGCAGGCGCAAGGCCUUCUCUACCUGUGGGUCCCACCUGACAGCGGUCACGGUGUUUUAUGGAACAUUGUUCUGCAUGUACCUGAGGCCCCCUUCUGAGACAUCUGUGGAGCAGGGGAAAAUCGUGGCUGUGUUUUAUAUCUUUGUGAGUCCCAUGUUAAACCCUAUGAUCUACAGCCUGAGGAACAAAGAUGUCAAAAGGGCAAUAAGGAAAGUCAUCAAAAAGGAACUGUUGGCUAAAUAA